GCUGUCAGGGAAGGGGAAAUGAAGGAGUAAGCAAGAUUGUGCCUGCAAACGCAGGUUCACUCUCAGACUAACGCUGACAUUUAGCAAAGACAGGCAGGCAUGGUUGCAGAGGAGCUGGAGGAGAAAACGAGGAGCAGGAGAGACUAGCAACAACAGGACAUCAGCAGCCAGACCUCGGCCACCUUGUCUUUUCCAUCUAUAUACGGAAACCUCUGGAUAAUUUAUAAGCCUCUCCCUCUCACUCUGUGAGUGUGAGAGAGAGAGAGAGAGAGGAGGAGGAGGAGGAGGAGGAUUUGCUGAGCUCACCAUCACCAUGCUGUGUCCUGCUGCUGUCAGUGCAGCUGCUGCGGCCGUCUGGCUGCUGGCGGCGCUGGGCCCGGGCCUGUCGCCUGCCGCUGCGGCCGAGGACGACUCGGAGCCAGGCUUCACCCCGUGCAGCCGCUGCUUCUACAGACAGACGCCUCCCCGGGGAGCCUCGGCGGCGCCGUGGCUGCGCCCGCUCUGCCACAGGCUGCCCGGGGGACGGGCGUUCGCCACUCUGUCCAGACCGACCUGUGACACAGCUGUCUACUCUGCCUACCGGCUCGGCCGCGGAUGGACCGAGGAGGAGGAGGGGGAGGACGGGGAGGGGGGAGAGCUCGUGACAGAUGAAGAUGAAGACAGCGUUAAAGCAGCGGUGCCGGCUCUUCUCAGACGAGGCGAGGAUGAUUCUGAUUCUGUCUCGCCCGAAGACUCCCCUGUUGAACUGUGGGACUCAGCAGUCAAAACACUGGUCCAGUCAAGCAUCUCUCCCCAGUGCGGCACUUUAGGGGGCGAUCUCUACAUCCUGUCGGGGGCGGGGGGGCCCGGGGCUGCUGAGGAUGAAGACGCCGGGUGUCAGACAGGGCCGCUGUGGUCUGCAGUGUGCUGUGACGUCCCGGAGGGGGACGGUGGCUUCAGUGUGGGGAUGAUCAGCGAUGAGGGAGGAGAGAGGCAGGUGAGCGUGGCCGAACUGGUGGAGAUCCUGGGAGUGCCAGAGCUGUUCUCUGAAGGCUGUGGGGGAACAGACAAGGCAGCUGCUGCAAUCACACUGGGUCUCUUCAGCAAGGAGUAUCCUGAAAAUGUCAGAAAGACUGAGGGAGACGCUGAGGACGAAGGAGAUGAUGCAGAUUCAGGUUCAUGGUUCACUUUCAGAGAUCGAAAUGAAUAUGCUCAAGAAAGUACAGGAGUAUCGACCUCCGAGGAACAGGCGGCUCAUGUUGAUGCUCAGUCAGGGGAAUCUGAUGAUGCUGAAGAAAAGACACAGAAAUCUUAUGCUGCUGAUGUUCAGUCAGGGGAAUCUGAUGAUGCUGAGGAAAAGACACAGAAAUCUUAUGCUGCUGAUGCUCAGUCAGGGGAAUCUGAUGAUGCUGAGGAAAAGACACAGAAAUAUUAUGCUGCUGAUGCUCAGUCAGGGGAAUCUGAUGAUACAGAUGUCGCUCAAAAAUCUUCAUCGGGUUCAUCGACUUCCGAGAGCAGAAGGGACACACAGCAGGACGAUGCACGUUCCAGAGCUGAAUGGUCGAAGUCUCCAGAGUCGUCAGGUGACAAAGAAACGGUAGAAGAAGAGGAGAGGAACGCUACUUCCAGCAGCACCGUGGUCUACAUCCUCUCCACCACCAUGUCCGUCCUCAAAGCUCCUCUGAGGCCGAUCUUCUCCAGAAUCACAAGUUUUCCUGGACAGGUCCUCUAUGUUCUCCAGGAAGACCUCGGAGUCCUCUCCGCUCUGCCGGGGGACACCUUCAACCUCUUCCACCUGCUGACCUCCGACUGCCUGUCCUACAUGCGCUCCGCAGCAGAAACGCUGUAUGGAAUCGGAGACAGGUGCUUCUGCAACGUUUACCACUGUACCUCGUCCAUGGCCGGGGAGCUGCUGAACAGCUGCCACACCGGGGUCACCGGCGUGGGCACCCUGGCCGGAGACACGCUGGGGAUAUUCGGCGGUGCCCUGGAUAAUGCCUGGUGGGUGACGAAGCUCUGCGGAGGACGGCUGUGGGAAUGGAGCAGCGGUUAUGUAGGAACAGUGGCUUCAGAGAUGGGAGGUCAAACUCAGGCUGUGGGUGGAGGGUUCUUCAGGCUCCUCUGGUCAAGUGGAGGCACAGUGGGUAAAAUACUCGGCCUGAUUGGGGGUAUUAUUUUUGGUGUUCUGGACAUAAUCUUUGGUGCAUUUAGAAUUGCCUUUGGUCGGGACAAUGAAGAAUAAACGAAUAAA